AUGGACUGCUGAAUUCGUAUGCCAACGCUGAAUCCGCAUGGGGUCCAGUUCACAACUUAACACUUGCAAAGCAUGGGGCUGAAAUUUCUCUUCCGUUCUGAUCACCGUCAGCAUGGGUGUCCCUCUCUGAUCCGUCAGGUUCACAGCAGAUUAGUGCAGGCAAGACCACAUCGAGCAUUCCCACCCCUUUGGUUGUCCAUUUCGAAGAAUGGAGCCCAGCGAUCAGCGUGUUCAGCGGCGUUAAAAAAGGACAAUGUUUCCCAAAACCAAAAGGGGAAGCCAUCAUUAGGCAACAUAUUGCAGGGUGUCCAGAAAGCAAUUGGGAUCACGUUCCCUGAAGACAAGGAGGCAUGCUUUUCUGGCAAUGGAAUCCACAUGGGGAUGGGAGUGUCCUGGCAGCUCCGCUGCCGGGGUGUUGAUGGAGCAUUCAUUGAGGAGAUAAGAGGCCGUCAUCUCAGCUUCAAAUAUGGGCAUCCAGGCGUGUCGACAGGCACAAGGACGGCACAGACCUGGGGGAUGGAGUGGGAUGAUCUGCCAAAGGAGUUGCAGCUUGAUGACAAUGAGGCGCUUCUCAUCCAAGCCUGGGUCCGCACGGGAUUUUGGGUGACUGAACAGGCUCUUGACCAUCUUGCAAUAAGCGUCAACUCAGAGGCCGAGAGGGAAGAGCUCAGGGCGCCAGAGGCGUCUGAAAGCCGGCUGUCAUCAGUGCAUGUGCCAGAGGAUGGGCCCUCAACCUCUGACUUGGGCGCCCAGGACACAGAAGAGAGUGUUGUUUUGAGCUUGCGCUUGAGGAGAGGCAAGGUGAAGGCAUUGUUGUGGGUGUGCACAAGAACCUGGCAGCCACUGCGCCUGGCAUGCCCACUGUGCGGCCAGAUCGACAUGAGCACCUAUGAGCACUGGACUGAUUGGCAGACAUCCGGCCCAAGCAUCAGGCAUCCAAAAUUGGUAGUUCAGAGGGGAGGUACAGGAGGCAACAACUCUUUCGCUACUGUGAACGUCUCUUGGCAGCCACGCAGCGCUCCGCAGUCUUACCUGAUGCCCCCCUGCCCUGU